CGGCGUGGGAACGCUUCGUUUUAACGCUAGCUCAACUUCUUCGCGAGGAAAAUGUAAAAAUUACGGUGUUGCGCUGAUUGUUGAAGAAUAAAUUCAAAGUUCUCGAUUUGAAGAUAGCGGGUAGCUGGUCUGAACGCUCCUUGUUGCUAAUGUUAGCUAGCAAAAGCCGCGACACAGUGGGGGAGAGUACAAUGGAUCCCGGACAGGAUUUACUUCUCGCCGCUCUCAGUGAGAGUGGAAUUUGCCCAAAUGAUAUUGGCUUAUUUGAUGUUGAUUCUCAGGAUGUUGCACAGCCCUCUACAACCCAGCAAUCUAUCUCCAUCAGUGCCCUGGAUGUUGGUGUUGGUGUGGGGACAGAGUCAGUAGAAGUUGUUCGACCUGAACAUCCUGCUGCAGUCCCCAUUGUUACCAUCAGGCACAAACCUCAGCCAUCAACCACCACGUUUGUCUUAAAUCAGCUGAAUCAGUUGCCUCCACUGGGAGCUGUUGUGACCAAACAGUCUGCUAUUAACCCUGUCAAGCAUACCAUAACUGUCACCAAGGUGGUUCAUGUGGCGAAUUCAACCCUGCGAAGUUCACUAGCUCCCUCUUCCACAAGUAUUCCCCCUUCAGCAUCCACAGUAGUGCCUUCUAACAGAGAUCAGAUUCAGUUGAAAGACCUCCUUCGGCCCAGCAGUGUGAAGAGCACUGGUCUAAAGGGCAACAGUCUGAUAGAGCUCAUGAAGCUCAAGCCUCCACCUGAUAUUGCUCCACCAGUAGCAACAGCCACAGGCCCAGGUGACUUGAACAAUGGAAUCAAGAGAGAAGUUUUGGGUAAAGAUGCUGCCAGGAUCUGGAUUCAUGAUGACAUUAAACUACAAACCUUUCCACAUUCUCUGAAACCUCCAGUGGUGAAGGAAGAGGAUGAGCCUGAGGAGGAAGAGGAGGAUGAGUUGGGUCAUGCUGAGACUUAUGCAGAGUACAUGCCACAGAAAUUAAAGGUUGGCCUGAGGCACCCAGAUCCUGUUGUAGAGACCAGUUCUCUGUCCAGUGUGAGCCCUCCAGAUGUGUGGUACAGACUGACCAUCCCAGAGGAAGUCAUUGACAGGGGCUGCCUCUCUGCGUUGCAGCUGGAAGCUAUUACAUAUGCAGCUCAGCAACAUGAGACAUUCCUCCCAAAUGGUGAUCGAGCUGCUUAUUUGAUUGGCGAUGGAGCUGGUGUGGGGAAAGGCAGGACGAUUGCAGGGAUCAUCUAUGAGAAUUACCUCCUGGGCAGGAAGAGGUCACUAUGGUUUAGUGUCUCAAAUGAUUUGAAGUAUGACGCUGAAAGGGAUUUAAGAGACAUUGGAGCCAAGAACAUCCAGGUUCAUUCCCUGAACAAGUUCAAAUAUGGCAAAAUCUCUUCAAAGCACAAUGGAAGUGUGAAGAAAGGUGUCAUCUUUGCCACCUACUCCUCUUUGAUAGGAGAGAGCCAGUCAGGAGGGAAAUAUAAGACCAGAUUUGAGCAGCUUCUCCACUGGUGUGGCGAAGACUUUGAUGGAGUCAUUGUCUAUGAUGAGUGUCAUAAAGCCAAAAACGUUUGUCCAAUUGGCUCCUCCAAGCCUACAAAAACUGGGCUUGCAGUGUUGGAGCUGCAGAACAAACUCCCAAAGGCUCGGGUUGUGUAUGCAAGUGCUACAGGUGCCUCUGAACCACGAAACAUGGCCUACAUGAACCGGUUGGGCAUAUGGGGACACAAAACACCCUUCAGAGAAUUUGGGGACUUUAUCCAAGCUGUUGAGCGCAGAGGUGUUGGUGCCAUGGAGAUUGUAGCUAUGGACAUGAAGCUGAGAGGGAUGUACAUUGCAAGACAGCUGAGUUUUACAGGUGUGACUUUCAAGAUCGACGAGGUUCCCCUGACUCAGCAGUAUAUCAACAUGUACAACAAAUCUGUUAGACUGUGGGUGAGUGCACGGGAAAGGUUCCAGCAGGCUGCAAACCUCAUGGAUGCAGAGCAACGCAUGAAGAAGUCCAUGUGGGGCCAGUUUUGGUCUGCCCACCAAAGGUUCUUUAAGUAUCUCUGCAUUGCCUCCAAAGUCCACCGAGUGGUUCAGCUGGCCAGAGAAGAGGUUCAGAAUGGAAAGUGUGUGGUGAUUGGCCUUCAGUCCACUGGUGAAGCAAGAACACUGGAGGCCUUGGAGGAAGGAGGGGGAGAACUCAAUGACUUUGUUUCAACUGCAAAAGGUGUGCUACAGUCCUUGAUUGAAAAGCACUUCCCAGCUCCAGACAGACAGAAGCUUUACAGCCUGCUGGGUAUCGACCUCUCAGCAAAGAAGACCCCCUCUCCCAGUGACACAGCAGUAGAACAAGAACAGAAGGGCAAGAAGAGGAAAGGUUCAGAGGUUAAAAAGCAGCAGAAAAAGCGUCCCCGGAAGCAUGGGGGUCUGUCGGGUACGAGUUCAGAUGAGAGCCAGUCAGAGGAGUCGGACAGAGACUGUGACAGUGAUGACAGCUUCAAAUCAGUCAGCUCAGCAGACGAAGAUGAUGAUUUCAACCCAUUCAGAGAAGAGUCUGACGAUGACGAUGAUCCAUGGCUUAACAGGAAGGAACCAAAGAAAGGGAAGGAGAAGAAGAAGAAAAAGAGGAGAAAGAGUAUUGAUCCAGACUCGAUUCAAAGUGCCUUGUUGGCCUCGGGGCUGUGCUCCACUAGGCCUACUUUCACUGCCUCAGUUAAUCCCCCCAGCACGCCUGCCACAGUCAAAUCAGAAAGUCAGGAAAGCUGCCUAACAAGUCAGGACUCAGUGGAACUUGCCCAGAAAAUGAAGAAAGAACUGCUUGAAAAACUGGAGGAUCUGGCAGAGGAUCUGCCUCCCAACACUCUGGAUGAGCUCAUAGAUGAUUUGGGAGGACCUGAAAAUGUAGCUGAGAUGACUGGCCGUAAAGGUCGCGUGGUCAGCAACGAUGACGGGACCAUCACUUAUGAAUCUCGCUCUGAGCUGGACGUCCCUGUGGAAAUACUCAAUCUCACUGAGAAGCAGAGGUUCAUGGACUUCAACCAGAACAUAGCCAUCAUCUCAGAAGCAGCGAGCUCAGGUAUAUCCCUGCAGGCUGACCGUCGAGUGAAGAACCAGCGGCGGAGAGUCCACAUGACACUAGAGCUGCCAUGGAGCGCAGACAGGGCUAUACAGCAGUUUGGGAGAACCCACAGAUCAAACCAGGUCACAGCUCCAGAAUAUGUCUUCCUCAUAUCGGAGCUUGCAGGAGAGCAAAGAUUUGCAUCCAUUGUUGCCAAAAGACUAGAAAGCCUGGGUGCUCUUACUCAUGGUGACAGAAGAGCAACAGAAACUCGGGAUCUGAGCAGAUUCAAUUUUGACAACAAAUAUGGCAGAAACGCUCUGGAAAUUGUGAUGAAGUCGAUCGUAAAGCUUGAUACUCCAUUAGUAUCUCCACCCUCGGACUUUAAAGGGGAUUUCUUCAAAGAAAUUCAAAUUGGAUUAGUAGGUGUUGGCCUCAUAAAUGUGGAGGACAGAUCUGGCACACUAUCACUAGACAAAGACUACAACAACAUGGGGAAGUUCCUGAAUCGUAUUUUGGGCAUGGAGGUCCAUCAGCAGAAUGCUUUGUUUCAGUACUUUUCUGACACGCUUGCAGCGGUGAUUCAGGAAGCAAAGAAGAAUGGCAAAUAUGACAUGGGCAUUCUCGAUCUGGGCUCGGGUGAUGAAAAGGUAAAGAAGGUGGACUGCAGGAAAUUUCUAACACCUGGCUACACUACAUCAGGGCAUGUUGAACUCUACACUGUAAGUGUUGAAAGGGGAAUGUCCUGGGAAGAAGCCACACACGCUUGGGCAGACCAGAAUGGAGCUGAUGAUGGUUUCUAUGUGCAGAUGAGGAACAACAAAAAAACGGCCAUCCUUGUCAAAGAGGUGAACACUAAGAAGAGGCUGUUCUUGGUGUACAGGCCCAACACCGGCCGGCAGGUCAAACUGGAGACGUACGCAGACCUCAAGAAGAAAUUUAAAAAGGUCUUGUCAGAAGAUGCCAAGCAGCACUGGACUGACCAGUACAAGUCUUCAGAAAUAAUCUGCUCACACGCAUAUUGGCGCGGUAACUGCAAGAAGGCAUCAGUAGGUCUACAGUGUGAAGUUGGUCUUCGGUGCAGGAGGUACUACGUUUUGUGUGGAUCAGUGCUCAGUGUUUGGAAUGAGCUGGAGGAAGUGCUCACCCCGGUCAGUGGAACCAAUGUAAAGGUGCAGAUUGUCCGGCUGAGAACCGAAGAUGGGCAGAGGAUAGUCGGACUGAUCAUUCCGGCGAACUGUGUGUCUCCGUUAAUUAACAAGCUCUCAACAUCGGACCAGUGUCAGCAGCUGGCUGUGCAGGAGCAGCAGAAACGGCAGCAGCUUCACCCUCAGAGUCUGAGCCACACACACCACACAUAGUUUAGGGGCUUUAAUCCCCAUCUCUACCCCUCAAGUUCACAUCCCUCCCUGAAGGGAUCUCUACACUGCAGGCUCCAGGACCUUCUGCACAACCCUCAUUGUUCCUGAGGGUCUGAGGUGUGGUACCAAGCUGUGGUGACACUCGGAUGUAAAGCAGUGGUUGUAUAGAGAAAUUUUCUUUUUUCUUCUACCUUCCCCCCCCCCCAACCCUCCAAAAUUUGUAAUCUCCAGAGACUCUUUCUUUCACCUGGAGAUAUUUGACAGGUGAUGUAUUUUCCUCUGACAUUCAGAGUGAGAAGAUUUGUGACUUUAAGAGAGCAUGUUGAUCUGAGUUAUCCACUCCUCACCGAUACUUUACCCUGUUUUACCCCAGAACCACUUCAGUAUGAAACAAAUACUUUUUGUGGGUCUGGACCAAAAGUAGAUGAAGCAAAAUCUACGUUUUUUUCAGAGUCAGAGGAAAGUCUCAGAUGGGCAUAUAGUGCUUAACUACAAUCACAUAUUAAAGUAUGCUAGAGACUCAUUAUAUUAGAUAUUACCCAGCACUACUGCAGCGUAAGAAUUUUUGUUUUUUUCUGAAGUAGAAAAAGUGAUGCAGUUUACUGCAGGAAACCUUUUGCUUUUUGGGGGGGCUUCUGAUGCACUGUAUCUGGCAUAUUUGCUCAUGAGACGGUAAAAACCAAAUAUCGUUAUUGUCAGGUUCCACUUCCUUCUAAAAUCAGGCCAAUUUCUGUUGUUGCUCAUCUGUUUUUCACACAGGUCUCAGAUUCCUUAAAGUUCCUUUGUUUGUUUUAAUGUUUAACUUGAACAUUUUGUUCCUCUUUGUCCAUGUUGGAACUUUAUCAACGAGUUGUUUGUGAACGUGCAUUUGUGUGAGUACUUGGAGCUACAGCAGUUGGUCACCUUCACAAAGAUGAUUUGGUUAUUUUUGCAUCAGCUAUCCUCUGUGAUUUUAUAUAUAUAUAUAUUAGUGUUAAAAUGUUAGAGAUGAUGAAUAUUAAGCAAACUGGGGAACUAGGUAUAAUAAAUACGAUUUAGUGUUUAUUAAAGUAUUGAAGCAUUUGAUAAAUGAUUUAUGGCCUUUAUUGUAGCUACAAACAGAUGGUGUUAAGAGUUUAUCUCCUCAUGUGAGGGCAUUUAACAUUACUAUACAGUGUUUCCCUUUACUAUCAGAGGCUUUAAGGGGCAGUUGGUGAUAAAAUGCAGAGACCAUAAAUUACUGCAAAGUGCAGUAUAGACUCACACUGCACUGAAAUGAAACAAAGCACAUAAAUUAGGCAACUGUAAUGGUUCAGUGUCGUCAUUUGUUCAGACGUGGCAGCAUUUGAAUGCUCACAAGAAGAAAUAUCAUAGACAAAAGUGCUAAAUAAUUAAAGCUACAUUACAGUGCUGUGAAUCAGUUGUUAAAUGUUUACUUGAUGCUUAAAAAAAUUUUGGCAAUCGAAAAAUUUAGGUCAUAGUUUGGGGUCGGGGGGAAAACUAUUUAAUAUUGUACUCCUUUCCAAUCCAUUACAACAGUUUUAUUUCUUGACUUGGUCUUUAGCUGGCUGCUAUUAAAACAGAGAAAAUGGCGAAAAAAAUGAUUAGUUUUUAAAAAAGAUAAAGGGUUCCUGAAAAAUUGUGAAAUGCAUGUUGUUGACAACAGCCUUUUUCGUGUGUGCGUAUGUUCAAGGUUUCACAGCAGUCUGCAUCACUGUGUCCUUCUCAGUUUCUCAGUGUUUUUUUUUCUUUUGUUACUUUGAUUUUUUUUUUUUUUGUAAAUGUAAAUCUGCUCAGGGUUUAAACUCAUACGAAGACCCAAAACACAAGAGUUUUACAGUGUAUCGCAAAUGCAUGAUUAGAACUCAGUGGUCCUUGGACAUCUUUGCUCAGUACAGUUGCUCUGUGUGUGUUUAGCUGUAUUUACAGCUCGUAUGUGUCAAACAUCCAAACAUGGUUCUCCAGUUUCUCUGCUUUCUUGAGCUUACUUGUAAUUAAGGUCUGUUUGUUGUACAGUCCACUUUUUCUGUUGAGCCUGUACCACCUCAGUCAUAUGUUGUGUGAUGCUCGACCUGCCCUGGAAGGGUCAGAGCAAAGUCUGGAUACGUGAGCUGUCCCAGUGGUGAUAAUUAAACAGAGGAUGUGUUUGAUUCCUAAACCUGUGGAGUGGUUACUGUUAGGUGGAACAAGAACAAAUCUUUGUAUCAUUUGUACAGUUUGUAAAAUGAGUCAAACUGAAAUUGUUCAUGCAUCCUUUUUUAAAUUUUCUUUUUUUUUUUUAUGGUGGAGGGAGAACUUAUUCGUUAGAGCUUGCUCUCUAAUGGGAAGUCUCAUUUUAACUUGAAUGUGCACCAUGUACAGACCAACAACUCAUGUUAUUUUAUCUUUUGGGCUGGUGGCUGACUUGGAAACAUUGGGGUUUUUUCUGUUUGUUGUUUUUUUUUUUUUUUAAUGCUGUCAAAAUGUCACGACAGAUUUGGCUCAUCUGAAGUUGAAACACUUGAAGGACUUAAAUGUUUUUUCCUUUCAUUAUUGCACGAGUUGCACUACUGACAAGAGUUGUACAAAAGUUCAAAAUUACCUGUAUAUGACUGAGUGCAAUGCUCAAUAAAGCUUGGUAUACUUCUA